CAUUUAACAAAAAACUAAAAAUAUCAUAAACACUUUGACAUAUCAAUGAUGAAUAAAUAAAAUAUGCAUUAGUUAAAAAUAAUGACAGUAAUAAUCAACGAGCUCAGAUAAAUGUAGAAACAACAUCAGAAGGUGAAUCACAAACAUCUGAUGCCAUCAAGUAUCAAGAGUUUGUAAAGAAGAAACACGAUUCAGUCUUUAACGGGUAUCGAUAGUGACUGGACGCAAAUAUAUAUCCAGAAAUUUUUUAAACAAAAUCAUCAACUGUAUCAUACACAUAUCAACCAAAUCAAAAAAUAAUUAAAUAAUUAACUUCAGAUUAAAGCCAGCAAAGAUGGGUAUUAAUGAACCAACGAUACCAGAAUGGUUUGAAAAGCGUAAUGUUUUUAUAACUGGUGCAACUGGAUUUAUGGGAAAAGUAUUGCUAGUUAAAUUACUAACAAGUUGUCGAAAUAUUGGAAAUAUUUAUAUUCUUGUUCGUGAAAAAAAAGGCCUUGAUUCACAAGCAAGAUUACAAUCAAUGCUUCAACAAGAGCCAUUUAAACAAUUACAAGAAAAGCAUCCAGAGUAUUUAAAAAAAGUAAUAGCCAUGUCUGGUGAUAGCACGCUUGAUGAUCUUGGUCUAUCAACAGUGAACAAAGGCCAACUUAUUAAUGAGAUUUCAGUGAUAUUUAAUGUGGCAGCUAAUGUCAAGUUCGAUAUUCCACUCAAGGAUGCUGUUGCCAUGAAUACAAAAGGCACUAAAAAUCUUAUAAAUCUUGCCAAACAGAUGAAAAAUUUGGAAUCAUUGGUUCAUGUAUCAACUUCAUUUACACACUGCAGUGAGCCUGUAUUAGAAGAAAAAAUGUAUUCAAGUCCAAUGUCACCAGACGACGUUAUGACAUUGAUUGAACUUGUUGAUAAUAAAACAUUGGAAUUAAUAACACCAAAUAUACUUGGUGAUUUUCCAAAUACCUAUGCUUAUACUAAAUCACUUGGUGAAGAUUUAAUGAACAAAUCGAAACUUCCAGUUGGUGUUGCAAGACCGUCAAUUGUUACAGCAUCAUGGAAAGAACCAUCACCUGGUUGGGUUGAAGGUUUAAAUGGUCCAACUGGUUUAACAAUUGGUGGUGCAAAAGGUGUCAUAAGAUCAGUUCUUUGUGAUGAAAAUUUAACAAUGGAUUGUAUUCCAUGUGAUAUUGUUAUUAAUGCUAUGAUAGGACUUGCAUGGAGAGUAGGAAUUGAAAAACCAGAUAAACCAAUUUACAUGAAUGUCACUGAGAGUGGAGAAAAUUUAUUGACUUGGGGUGAAGCAUUGGGAUAUGGUAGAAAACAUGCACUUGAUAAUCCUUUUUCAGGUAUUCUUUGGUAUCCAAGAGGACAAUUGACUAAAAAUUAUUAUUUUCAUAUUAUAGCUGUAUUUUUUUUACAACUUUUACCAGCAUAUUUUAUUGACUUGAUGCUUUUUGUUACUGGAAAUAAGCCCUUCUUAACACGAGUACAAGCUAAAAUUGCAUCAGGUUUAAAACUCCUGCAUUAUUACACAAUGAAACCAUGGGUCUUUAAAAAUGAUCGUUUUCGACAAUUGAGAAAAGAACUUUCGUCUGAUGAUAAGGAAACUUUUUUUAUUGAUACGAGUACAUUAAGCUGGGAUAAUUAUCUCAAAUCAUAUGUACUUGGAAUUAGAAAAUUUGUAUUGAAAGAAGAUCCAUCAACUUUACCACAUAGCCGUAAAAUUUUAAUGAUUUAUUGGAUUGUUGAUAUUCUAUUUAUGUCGAUUAUUGGAAUUUUAUUAAUUUGGGGAAUUAUGUCAAUUAUUUCUUCGAUUGAUUAUCAAGCAACAACUGUUGAAAUUAUCAAGUAAUUUAUUCUCAUUGACUGAUCAAUAAUUAAUUUAGAAAAAUUAAAUUGAAAGUCAAUUUUAUUAUUAUAAUAGGAAAAUAGGUUUUUUUUUUAUCACUUUGAUGUCUCAAUUAUUUUAUAAAUGGUAAAAUAUUUUAUUGUUAAAUUAAUUAUACAUAUAAAUUAAGAAAUUUUUUAAAGAUAGAUAUAAAAUUUUUGUUUUAUAUGAUUUAAAGUCAUUAAGAUUAUAAAUAAAAAUUUGAAGGACUAUUAUUAUCGUUAAAUAUUUAUUUGUAAUAAUUUGUGUUAAUUAUAAAAAAAAAAAAAAAGUGAAGGUGUAACGAGAAUGUGUGUAAGUUUGUGCGUUUAUUUAGCUUUGGCAUCCUGAAAUUAUUGCCAAACUCACGAGUAAAACUUGCUCUCUCAUUUUAUAUAUAUUUCAAAGUGACUAGCAAGUUUAACUGCGCACGAAAGUUAAAUUGCGUCAGUUAAACAGAGGCCGAACUGCUUUGGCAUUCCCGUUUAAAUUCAAACCUCAAUACAAAUUAUUUGUGUCAAUUUUUAUAUAUCAAAUUGUCAUUAGAAAAAAAAGAAAAUUAAAUGAAAUUUAUUUAUUUUAUUUUCAUCCCUAGAAUUAAAGUUAAAAAUUAAUUUCGAAACGAAUAAUAAAGUUAUAAAAAAAAAUCGAAUGACUCAUUGGAAAUCCCAACUUUUUGAUCAUUAAAUUUACAUAAAUAUCUCGAUUUUGAAACAAAAUUAAAUUCCAUCGAAAUCUCAGGCAAAUUUUUAAUCGAAAUUAUUACGUUUUAUUUUUUUUUUCUUUAUAAAAAUUACUGGAAUUGUCUUGAUUAUUCAAAUAAAUAAAAACCCCAAAUUUAUAAUAAUAGACAAACUUGUUUUUACAUAAAUAAAAUAUACUUUUUUAAAAUUUUUAUUUCAUCAAAAUUUCAUGGUAAAAUUUCACUUGUUAUCUAAAUUAUAAAAUAAAAAAUAUAAAAAAAUUAC